AUGGCAGCCCUGAGGAACGGCCUGACUCUGGCUUGUCUCGCAGGACAUUUGGUCCUCAGACAAAGUCCAAAAGUCAACGCGGGCAGACAGCUUCUUUCAGAUAUUUGGAAGCACCGCUGGCUCCAAAGGUCUCUUAUGCACACGGCAUUGGAUAUGAACAGAUCAACAUCUCUGCUACGUCAUCAGUGCCAUGAAAAGCAGCUCUGGGUGGCGCUACGACACAACAGUUCCCAGACUGUCAGCGUGGAAAGCGCCCCAGUAGCUGCGGAGACCACCCCCGUUGUACCGCAGGCGCUUCCCGAACAGAUCACGCCCCAGCCCGUUCCCGUGGCGACUGGUGACGAUCCCACCCUCCUCUUGGCGCAGGCAUCGGAAGUGGCGGAGGUUUUGCCGGCCCCUGUCUUGGCGCAAGCGGCAGACGCGGCGGAGGUCUUGCUUGCCGCCCAUCCGGAAAUGCGAUUAGCAGACCUGGGCUUAACCAGCCACACUCCGGUGGGUGUCAUCCAGAACCUGUUGGAGUUCAUGCACAUGGACGUGGGUCUGCCAUGGUGGGCGGCCAUCGUUGUUGGUACGUUGGUGGCUCGCCUUGCCCUCUUUCCCGUUAUUGUAAAAGGCCAGCGUGAAGCGGCCAAACUCAACAACGUCAUGCCCGAGAUGAGCCGACUCAGCGCCAAAAUGACGGAGGCCAAACAGAGCGGGAACAAGUUUGAAUUCUCCAAAGCCUACAGCGAGCUCAUGUUGUUCCAGAAGAAGCACGACGUCAACCCCAUCCGCGGCUUCUUGGUUCCGCUAGUGCAGGCCCCGGUCUUUAUCUCUUUCUUCAUGACGCUGAGGAAAAUGGCGUACUUGCCGGUGCCUAGCAUGCAGGAAGGAGGCACGUUGUGGUUUAUGGAUCUGACGGCGGCCGAUCCUUUUUACAUUCUGCCUUUGGCUGUCACGGGAACAAUGUUCUUCAUUCUGGAGCUAGGCGCCGAGUCGGGCGUGGACAACCCCAACCUGCGCGCCAUGAAGACGGUCUUCCGGAUCAUGCCCUUCGUCAUCCUCCCGUUCACCAUCAACUUCCCUACGGCCGUGUUCACCUACUGGCUCACCUCCAACUGCUUCUCGUUGGCUCAAGUGGCGCUGCUUCAACACCCGCUGGUACGAGCAAGGUUGCGCAUCCCGGAAAGGAUCAAUCACGCGGCCUCGGAGCUGCCUCAGAAUGACGGCUUCAUUGAAAGUUUGAGGAAAGGAAUGAAGAAUGCUCAGCUUGCUCAGCAGCUGGAAGAGCGAGAAAGACGCAUCAAAAAUCACCUGGACCUGGCCGCCAAAGGUCCACUCAGGCAGACUUUUACCCACAAUCCUGUUAAGCAGAUCCCAUCCCCAAAAGAUAAGUCUUCAAGCAAGACGAGGCCAUGGAAGGACGUCAUGGAGUAA